CUAUCACCCUCGUGUUCCCGCUAACAUCCUUCGACCGUCACAGAUGCACCCCGACACGAGUUGUCCCGCGCUGGAUGAUUGGGUUGCACACAUGACGUCGAUCAUGAAGACCGCACAUGAGCACAUAGCUGCUUCCCAGACUCGCAUGGCAGCACAUGCGAACCGAUCGAGGAUAAAUCAUCCAUUCAAAGUCGGUGAUGAUGUGCUUAUCAACGCUCGCACUUACAACUCGAAGCGGACACGCUUCGUUCGACUGUAGAUUAGUUCCUUUUCACUCACACCUUGCAUUCGCCAGAAAAAACUCGAUACCAGAAAGAAAGAAAAAAAAAGAAACUGUAUAUCUACUCCCUCGUACCAUGCAUGAUGUACGGCACGACACACGUGGCAGUCCCAGACCUCCGUUCCCUCUCAGGCUUCUCAAUCAUGAUUGUAUCAUGCGAAGACUACCCAUAGUACACUCCACACUAGGACCGCAUGCGCAUAUCAUCUGCAUUAAUUUUAUGCGCGAUUCCAACAGGACACACGAACACGAGGGGACUAGCUCGUCGAAAAAGAUUGAGUAACACAGAUUCCUCGUCUGCGACGGACUGAUAYGGUAGUUCUUCGCGACGUAAUUGUGUMUGUCUAGAUGUGGUAAUCGGACGAAUCACCUCUGCGUGUCAGUUUCAGGAUCAAGGAGGAGAGCUAUCAUUGUCAUUAAUGUUUUCGCCACACAGGCCAAGAAACUGGGACUUGUAAAAAUUUACUAA